UUGACUCAUAUCUCCAAAUCUACCUAACAACAGCAAAAACAAAAAGAGAGAGAAGGAGAAACCCACCUGGAAUUUUCUCUUUUCUUUCCAUUUUAAGCACUUAUUAUUAACUAACCCAAAGAUCAAGAACUGACAAAUUCAAGAAAAUCACAAAAAGACUACUUUUUGUUGCUUUUCUGCACUAUUAAUAUGAUGGGUUCUGUCAGUUUUUGAUUGGUAGAUAGAUAUUCUGAGUAAAGUUUUGAUUUUUGCACUUAUUUUGUGCUUUUACUGCAGGUGGGGGAUGUGUUUUCUUGAAAUUUGUGCUUUGAAGAAAACCCAUUUGUUUAAUUUUCUGGAUUAUUGCUUGUAAAUGCAACUUUGUACAUCAAUUGCCACUUGGAUAUCUCGCAUCUUGUCUUGCAUGGGCUACAGUAUGAAAAGUUUUUCGUCCAGCCAUGUGUGAUAGGUGUUGUUUAUGGAUUGAAAUGAAUGAGUAUUUUGAAAGGAAGACUUUUUGUUCAGUUUUGGUGUAUUUUGGAGAAUAUCUUAGAGCCCUUAUUGAUAUGAUGAUGGAGAAGUUGAAGAAAAAAUGCAGAUCCCUUUGUAAUAGCAGUAGUUGUCUUGGAUGCUGUAUGAGUUCUCCUCAUGUUUCGGCGGAUAAGUCAUCUAAAGGACUGAAAGGUCCGAGCAAACGAUUGAGGAAAACUAGUUUAAGAGACGACUUUUGGAGCAGUAGUGCGUGCGAGAUGGAGAAUAGCACAUUUCCCUCCCAGAGAAGCAUCUCAUCAAUUAGCACUUCAAAUCCGGCCCUUGAUCCUCACAGUAACUCUGGCACCACGAGCAGCACUUCGGAAUUUGUAAAUCAUGGUCUACUUCUUUGGAAUCAAACGAGGCAACAGUGGUGUGGAAAUAAAACCCCACAGAAGCGUGCUUCAGUCCGAGAACCCAAAUUAAGUUUAGAUACAAGUUAUGAAACGUUGCUGGGAACCAAUAAGCCUUUCCCUCAACCAAUCCCUCUAUCGGAAAUGGUGGACUUUCUUGUUGAUGUUUGGGAACAGGAGGGGCUUUAUGAUUAAGCAGCCACAUAAUUCAUCAUUCUCAGCCACUGGACAUUGCGUUUUGCAAGUCUUACAGAAGUCAUGACAAAAAAAAAUAAAAAUUCAAACAACAUUGUGUAGUCACAUGAUUUGUAUGUUGAGAAGAUGAAACUUUGGUUACCAAAACACCAUGUUCUCAUGAAAAAUGUAAUUUAUACAUGUUUGCCAGGCCAAAAUUCAAACACAAUGGGUCUUGGCUAGUGUCAUUAGAUACAUUUAAGGGGAGAGAAUCGACUGUCUACUCAUAAAUAUAAAUUGAUUUUAGGUGCUUGUACCCCAUUAA